CUCUUUGGAGGGGAGAACUUGCCCUGCGACGAGUUUCAACGACUGCUGUUGAAAAAGUUUUCGGGGAGCGUAGAAGUUCUAAAACUCUGGAAUCUGACAACAGAACAUGUACCAAUCAUCAAUAAAAUGGGGAAUUUGAAGGUGCUGCAUUUCUCCAACGACAAGCAGUGCAACGGCGUGCCGCUCUUCCUGCCUCGCGAUCGGUGCGGCGCGCCUGCGACACUGGUCGAGCUGCGGCCCGCCCUGGGGCGCACCAAGAUGGGGCUCGGACCCGCGGCCUGCGACAAGAUGGACGACGAAUACGCGAACCGCUGCCACGUCUUCCAGAGCACGGUGCGCUCCCUCGUCGAGGUGCACGCCGAGACGCUCGAGGUGCUGCAGCUGCCGGGCCACGUCAACGACCGCAUGCUGAGUGCGCUGCGGAAAUGCCGCCGACUCUGGAAGCUCUUCGCUCCGCUGCAGCCCCGGCUGGCCGAGGUGUGCGCCGCCGUGCCCAGCGUGCGCCAGCUCAGUGUCCGCUUCGGAAGCUGCAAGGCCAGUGCCCGGCAUCUGGCCGUGCUUUCUCAGCUGCCGCCGACGGUCGAGGAGUUGACUCUGGUGACGUACCGCCGGUCCCCGCGCCUCGGCCGCGAGUACAAGGCGCUGGGGCAGGCCUGCCGCGCCCUGUUCGCCCUCAAGCGCCUCAGUGUCGUCUGCAUCUUGUGCAAGAAGACGGUGGACGUGCCGCGCAUCGCCUCGUGCUUUGAGGAGGGCGCGGGGGGAGGCGCCCUGGACCUCAAGUGCGUCGAGUUGAAGUACGUGAAUCUGAUGCGCUGAUUUCAUGACUGGACUAGUGGUGCUGUUCUGAUGGACGCAGUGUUCUGUACGGUCUGGGACUUCAUUAAUUUUACCCACGUUUGAUGGCAGCAGUUAUCAAGUUCUUGAUUGGUUCAGUUUACUCACGUUUGAUAGGAGCAGUCAUCUAGCUUUUGAUUGGUUGAGUUUACCCACGUUCAGUUACAGAACAUUCAUUAAUUUUUACCUACGUUUGAUGUCAGCAGACAUCAAGUUCUUAAUUAGUUAAGUUUACCUACGUUCAGUUACAGAACGUUAUUAAUUUUUUUCCCACGGUGGAUCGUUAAGGCCAUCCCUGUUCCUGUGUAGUUGUUCAUGUAUAAAACGUACAUGUUUAAGUAUAGUGUUUCUUUGAUUUAAAUAUAAGUGAAGUCUUCUGGCAUUCUGUGCAAUCCCUGUGAGUUCGUAUGGUAAAAACUUACACUGUGUAUCGUGUGAAAUGUUGAACUUCACGUGUUGCUCUGUUGAUGUUGGAGGGUUGAGUUGUGUUUCCAUCCGGAUGCUGAUUGAAAAGCUUUCAUUGUACGGCGUUUUUGUUCCAAAAUAAACUUUGUUGAAAAUGAU